CCGUCAUUUCUUUUACGCUCUAAUUACUCUGUGAAAAAUUACUAGUUUCUUUUCUGAAGCAAAUUCCUGUUUGAAACUCCAUUGUUGUCCUGUCUUGUCCAGCCAACCAAUCCCCAAACAUCGAUUGCAUAGCAGAAGAGCCAAAUUCCUGAUCUCUUUCUACGAUUCGGAAAGUCGAUUCCUUGGACGGGUCAAGCAGCAAUUGAAGCAAAAGGGUUCUGAGACGGAUGGAGAAGAAGAAGAAGAGGAAGGUGGAGGCGGCCGAUGCGAUGCCCAAAAGCAGCGAGGCUAAUUGGCAGUGGCUGGUUCACAGAGGAACCAGACCCGUGUUCUUGGUCGUGUCCCUUUUCGGGCUCUUGAUCCGAGCGGCGGUGUCCCUCCACUCUUACUCGGGAGCAGGGAAUCCUCCCAAAUUCGGAGACUUUGAGGCUCAGAGGCAUUGGAUGGAGAUUACCCUGAAUCUGCCUCCUAAGGAUUGGUACACCAACAGCACCAGCAACGACCUCAGCUACUGGGGUUUGGACUACCCUCCUCUCACUGCCUACCAGAGCUACUUCCAUGGCCUGUUCCUUAGGUUCUUUGAUCCGGACUCAGUUGCCCUCUUCACUUCCAGGGGAUAUGAGACUUAUCUCGGGAAAUUACUUAUGAGGUGGACAGUUCUGAGUUCCGAUGCCUUAGUGUUCUUUCCUGCAGUAUUUUACUUUUUGUACGUCUACUACUAUGGUCGCAAGGGCAGAAAUACCUGCGAUAUAGCAUGGCACAUCGCGAUGCUUCUAAUCAACCCGGCCAUGAUCCUGAUCGACCAUGGGCAUUUUCAGUACAAUUGUAUUAGCCUAGGCUUCACCGUAGGAGCUGUUGCAGCCAUCUUCUCUCAUAAAGACCUUGUGGCUUCUGCUCUAUUCUGUCUUGCUCUCAAUCAUAAGCAGAUGAGUGCAUACUACGCCCCCGCAUUUUUCGCCCAUCUCUUGGGAAAAUGCCUAAGACGUCGUAACCCUAUUCUCGAGGUUUACAAACUCGGUCUCGUGGUCCUUGGAACAUUUGCUAUUGUCUGGUGGCCGUACCUUCAUUCCUCAGAUGCCAUUUUAAGGGUUGUUUCUCGUCUCGCUCCCUUUGAGAGAGGAAUAUACGAAGAUUAUGUGGCCAACUUCUGGUGCGCCUCUUCCAUUCUCAUAAAGUGGAAGCGGUUAUUCAUGACUCAGUCUCUGAAGCUUCUAAGCCUCAUAGCAACUGUCUCGACUUUCCUGCCUUCCAUGAUUCAGCAAAUUCGGGCUCCGAGUGGCAAGGGAUUUCUGUACUCGAUGCUCAACACUUCUCUCUCUUUCUACUUGUUCUCCUUCCAAGUGCACGAGAAGUCGAUUUUGUUGCCGCUACUGCCAGCAAGUUUACUGGCCAGAGACGAACCUUUUCUCUACAAGUGGCUUACUCAUUUUGCUCUACUCUCUAUGUUUCCUCUUCUUCAUCGUGACGGACUUACGCUACCAUAUAUUGUUCUCUAUGCUCUCUUCAUCCUUUUCUUCAACACAAUGCCGGGAAGCAAGGAUUUGGAAGUUGGGAAAUCUUCUGCUGCGUUCCGAUAUUUGAUAGGAGUUGCUCUUCUAUGCUCGUUUUCUCUGCAUAUUGUUUAUCUGACUGUGACCCCUCCUAAGAAGUACCCUUUUCUGUUCGAAGCAAUGAUGAUGAUGUUAUGCUUUGUUCAGUUCGUGUUGCUCGCAAUAUACAGCAAUUGGAAACAAUGGAGGCUGUCUGAAGAUUUUACGAAGUCCAGUAAAGAGAAGAAGCUCCUUUGAUCUGUUUCCAUGUGUUUUUCGCUGAGAUUUCUCUCUUUUUAUGUGAAGUUUUGACAUAUUUUUGAGACACUGCAUCGCACUAUAACAUAUAAAAGUCGAAGAACGAGAGCAAGAAGUGCCACAUAUGCUAAAUUAUGUGAAUUAAUGAAUUUUAACUAGAUUUUGUUUGUAUCA